AUGCCUACCACGGUUCAUCUGAAAUCUCUUGAAGUUCUUAAUCUAUCUGGCUUCUCAGAUCUUGACGACCUUCAGGAUUUAUCACCAAACCUGAAAGAGCUAUAUCUAGCUGGUAGUGCUAUUAAAGAAUUGCCUCUGUCAGUUGAGGAGCUCACUAGACUUGUUACAUUAGACCUGGAGGAUCGUAAAAGACUUCAGCACCUACCACCGGGUAUAAGUAACUUGAAAUUCAUGGUGACACUUAAGCUGUCUGGCUGUUCAAAUCUGAAGAAUCGUCCAAUUAUCGAUCCAUUCUUUCCACGCGAUUUGCAACGUCUUGAAAGAAAGAUAACCGCCACUAAAGAAUAUGUGCCGUUCAAACUUCACUCUGCUAUUAAUGAAUCAAGGUUAGAUGACUCUAAAACUCUUAUGAACCUUAAAAAUUUGCAACUAAGACCAUAUAUUUACAGUUACUGUUUCAUCAGAGAUGUUGUAGAAGAAUUCUUAUCAGCAUUUGCAUAUCUAUCAAGCAAGGGAAUACCACAAGAAUGCUGGCUGUGGAUCACUAUUUCUCCUUUACCAUCAUCAAUUUUACACUCAUUGGCGCCAAGACUAAAUGCCCUAGUAUCUUUAUUUCUUUGUAACUCGUAUCUGGUGGAUAUACCUGAAGAGUUAUGCCGGCUUGCUUCAUUGAAAGCACUGGAUCUUGGUGGAAACUCUUUUAGCCAACUUCCUGAAGACAUUAAGGAGCUUUGUAAACUACAUAGCCUCAGAUUACGCCAUUGUAAAAACCUCAUAUCAUUACCCGAGCUUCCCAGAAGUCUGGAAAUCUUGAAUGCACAUGGUUGUGUGUCUCUUAAGUCAUUUUCUUCAAGCUUCGAGCAGUUUCCAAGGCACUACACAUUCAGUAAUUGCUUUGCGCUGUCCCCAGAAGUUGUCAGAAAAUAUAUGCAAAAAGCUCUUGACAGUGUUGAAAUCAUGGCCAAGGGGGAUCAACAGGAAAACAACAACCUGCUUGCAUUCAGCAUCUGUAUACCUGUCUAUGCAGGGCACAAAUUUUCAGUUAAUUUUAAAGCGGGUUCAUCUGUACUGAUAGAGUUAACUCCUGGCAUGCUUAGCACUCUCUCAGGCUUUACUCUAUCUGUAGUAGUUGAAUUUUGGGAUAACUAUCGCAAUGCUGCUGGUUUUGGCAUCAAGUGCAUAUGCAGGAAGGCCAGGGGAGACCUUUCACCUAGACUAGAGAGAAUCGUCCAUUGCUGGGCUCCAAAGGAAGCUCCAACUGUUCAGAAGGAUCAUAUGUUUGUUUUUGGCAAUGUGAAAAUGCAUAUUGCAGAUGGAAUUGACCAUGAUUUCCUGGCCGAUCGGGUUACCUUCGAAUUCCAUCCUGUCAAUUGGCAGAACAAACUUCUAGAUGAUAGCUGCACGGUGAAAAGAUGUGCAGUCUAUCUGAUUACCACUACAACCUAUGAAAAGACCCAUGGCUCAAAACGUCCUUCUUCUCCGAAUUUAGAGGAGCUUUCAAGUGUGGAGCUUCUGGCACCACCAUAUAAGAGAUGUCGUUUGAAGAGAGUUAUUGAAUCUGUUAUCAUGAGCUUGAGAAAAAGGAAGCGAGAACGUAUCCCAUACCAAGCCUUCAGUCAAGCCCAAAAAAGUCCAAAGGUAAAACUCACCCAAAAGCUAGCUUAUGAGUGA